AGACGUGCGGCUGAGCGUUUUUCUCGCCCCUAGGGCAGGGUGUUUGCUGGAUUCGGAGCUGCGCCGCUGCAGGCUGAGAUUCUGAAGAGAACCUUGCCACCGUCACCCCACGCACGUGUUACAAGUUAUUGUCAAAAUUGUGUUUGACCUUAUUUAACUGGUUUGCAUGAUAUGGACUUAAUCUUUGAAAUGGCAGUUUAGGAAUGCUGCUGUGGGACUACUUUGGUGAACAGAUUUUUGCACUGGGGACAGAACCUGGGUAUCUCUUUGCCUUGCCACUGAUGACCAUUUCUUUCCUGUGAGACAAGGAGAUGGACAGAUUCCUGGUGAGGGGGGCUCAAAGGGGCCUUUUGUGGAAGGGAGAGGAGCAAAAACGGACGGGAGAAAUACCAGCUGUGUCUGGAGGUGAUGAUAAUGACGAAAGCACAAGAAAGAGGCCCAGAAGACAGACCCUUGGAAGUGGGGUCCACCUGGAAGACCCCAGCUGGCAGCACAUUCGGGCAGAGGGCCUGGACUGCAGUUACACCAUCCUGUUUGGCAAAGCCGAGGCGGAUGAGAUUUUCCGAGAGUUGGAGAAAGAAGUGGAAUAUUUUACAGGUGCCCUGGCCAGGGUCCAGGUAUUCGGGAAGUGGCACAGCGUGCCAAGGAAGCAGGCAACAUAUGGCGACACUGGGCUGACCUACACGUUUUCAGGCCUUACACUGUCUCCGAAGCCGUGGAUCCCAGUUCUAGAGCUCGUCCGGGAUCGUGUCUCUGGGGUGACUGGACAAACUUUCAACUUUGUGCUCAUCAAUAGGUACAAAGAUGGCUGUGACCACAUAGGGGAGCACCGAGAUGAUGAAAGGGAACUGGCCCCUGGGAGCCCCAUUGCCUCUGUCUCCUUUGGUGCCUGCAGAGACUUCUUCUUCCGGCAUAAGGAUUCUCGAGGGAAACACUCCUCCAGGAGGGUGGAGGUGGUCAGGCUCCAGCUGGCCCAUGGAAGUUUACUUAUGAUGAACCACCCAACCAACACUCACUGGUAUCACAGUCUUCCCAUCAGAAAGAAAAUCCUGGCUCCACGGGUCAAUUUGACUUUUCGUAAAAUUCUGCCUACUAAGAAAUAAAAACAUUUUUAACAGUUAA